AUGGAUUUGGAGAGUGAAAGCUCUGCGAUUGAGUCUGUUGAAAUUGAGAAGGAAAACUCUCAUUCCAGCUUGGAAUCUGACUCAAGAAAGCAGAGUGGAAGAAUGAUGGACUACAAUGAAGGAUAUAUGAAUGGAGAAACUUCAAAGAAAAAAGAUGAUGCGGGAGGAGAAGGUGAAGAGUCGAUAAACCAGGACAGUCUCUAUUCAGAGGAAAUGGAUCCAUUAACAGAGGCCAUCGACGGUUUCCUCACCUUGCAAGAAGCUCUUGAAAAAGAGGUUCAGCUAUUCUGUGGGAUUGGCAAGGAACCGAUACAUCAUGAAGGAGCCAGUGAAGUAAGCUCACCUUGCUCGGGGACUGAAACCCUUGUGAACAAUGUCAAACAACUGGAGACAAAACUAGAAGAGACAAGGUCAAUGCUUGAGGUGAAAGAAACACAUAUCCGUGAGCUUAAAUCCACCACGAAUCAAAACAGACACUCAUGGGGAGGAACAGAGACGUUGGUGGAAGAUCUCUUCAGGCAAAGGAUUGAGUCCGAGAUUCAAUAUCUUAUAUAUUCAAGAUCCAUUGAUAACUUGAAAAAUCAGAUGAAGUCGAUUGAAGAACAAGAGGCAUUGGCAGAAGAGGAAGCUCAUGAGAUGCUGAACAAGCUCGGAGAACUAGAAACUAAGGCUGCAAAUUUAACAAACAGAGCUAAAGACCUGCAAAAAGAGUACAGAGAUAUUAAUGGAACCAUCAAGAAGAGAGCAUGUAAGACCGCUUCAUGCUUCGUUAUACAGUUUGUAUUGUUGCUAACAGUAGUUUUAUUGUUCAUGUCUCAAUUGUUCUUGGAGUCGGAUAUUGUUGUACCCACAUGA